AGCAGUGUGUAUCCACCAAGGCUACCUGAGGUUACCCACUCACAUGUACGCGUCACGUACCUAGUUUUCUUCCAACCAUGUACUCGCCAUCAAUGUAAAUUGCAGUCAUGUAACUAGGACAUCUGUUUUUUCGUUUUUCGUCAAAUAACGUCCAAAGUUUUAAUAAUGAUGGUCGGCCCAAAGACUUCGCUGUUUAUUCAAAUUGUUACUGCUGCGAUUAUGGGAGGAGGAAUUGGAUUUUACAUACAACAUAAAGUAUGGUCAGUCGAAAAGGAAGAAAGGAUAUUGGAACUGAAAAGAAUUAUUAAAGAAAAGAAACAAAUUAUAGAAGAACUUCAAAAAAAGGAAACAUGAUCUAAUUGCGGAAGUACUAUGUAUUGUUGUCUCAAUGGCAUUGUAUUCUGUUCAAGUCAUCGCCAAAUCUCUAAAUUAUGCUGAAGUCAUAAUUAAAAUCAAAUACUUUUGAAUAACUUUUCUAAUUGAAUUUUGCCUGACAGAAUAUUUGGAUUUUUGUCCAAGUAACAUUCUGUUAAAUUGUGCAAGAAAUUGCUAAUAGUUGAUUAAUUAUGUUACACAAAUUUAAAUGAACAGAAAAUUCAGAAAAUUUUGGAUUAAAUGAAGUAUAGACCCGCUUAUCAUGUUAAUGUGGUUGGUCUGGUAGCGAGGGAGGUUGAAACUGAUUAAACUUUUCGCAAUUGUUAUGGGCAAUGGUAUUUAUUCUAAACAAUGUUGCUUUCCUUGUUAUUAUUAUACUUUUUUUGUGCGGUGUCUUCAGUAUUGCAAUAAAAUUACCUGCAAGAAUUCGAACUAAAAUAACUCAGACGAGGCAGCAAUCGAACCACGUGUACCAGAACUGUAAUAGCUGUGCAGGCGGUGAAGAACUUCGAAAGAUGGGGAGCUACGAAAAUGUUCUAAUGGAGCUGCACUCCAUGUUCAAUUGCAUGGUGUAUUCUGUACUAUCCCUUCAGUGUGUCGAUGUUCUUAGACGUCAAAAUGUGCUGAAUACACUUGAAUUGUUGGCCAGGAAGCAUCCAAUACUACGUUCUCACGUGUCAAACAAAAGAUUCAUAGUAAACCAUCAUGAAAAAUUUAGUCCAAACCUUAGAUUCGUGAACACAACCAAUUGGAAAAUUGUUCUCGAGGAGGAAUUUUCAUCACAAAUGCAACUAUCUAACGGUGACCACCUGUGGAAAACCAUUGUAUUGCGUGAACAUUAUGACAUCAGAAGAAAAAUGUAUAUCAACACUUUUUUGUUUUUAUUUCAUCCUACAAUUGCAGAUAGAAGUGCAGCAUUGUAUUUUGCAGAAGACUUCACAACAAUGUUGUGUACUCUUGUGAACUGUGAUAUUCGUGUUGAUUGCUCAAGAACUUUGCAUUUGCCAUCAUCUCCUGAAAGCUAUUUGAUGCUUUCAUUUUCCAAGAUAAUUAAGCUGAUGAUUGAACAUCUGAUGGGAAAAAUUUGCAGUUUUGUUUCUGGGAGUUCUCAGAAAGGAUAUUUACAUAAGAAACCAAUACCCAAAUUUCAUUGCAAACCUUUAAUUCUUUUCAAAUCUCUUACCGAACAAGAUACUCAUAGAAUUCUUGACUUUUGUAGUCGACAAAAGUGCUCUUUAACAGCCUUGUUUAUCACAGCAUGGUUGGAUAUCAUGUCUUAUCGUGCAGGUAGUAGAAAAGCUCUAGCUCAUAAAAAGCCUCUAUUAGUUGUGGCUAAUUACAGGGCCUUAUUGCCUACUAAAAUGCAGCAGGCAUACCUGUGCAAUUGCAGUGUUUCAUUUCAAGUUAAUGAUUUGAAGAGUAAGGCAAAAUACUUUAUCUCCAAGAUGGUAGAGAAUGAGCAUUUGUUGCAAUCAGCUCUUCAAAAUAAUGCUCAUUGUAACCUCUUGUGGAAGUUAAAAUAUGGUAUUUUGAAAAAGGAAGCUCUCUGUAAAUUAUUCCCAUUUGAGUUUUGUGAUGUAGGAAGAUUUAGCUUCAAACAAACAGCUCCAUUUUCUUUGUUGGAUAUCUUUAUUGGUACAAAUAGCUCAUCAACUGUUAACUUGACAUUGGGCAUCAUAAAUGGCAGAUUGCAUUGCGUAAUGCACUUGACUUCACAUUUCAGUGGCUGCUCAGAUUUGUUAAAUAUUAUUUUUGCUAGAAUUGUACAAAAUAUAGCAUCAGAGUUUCAUUGAUAUCAGCAUUGUUAUGAUUAUUACAAUUAAUAUGAGAUGUUUAUGAACAUAUCCUGUUAAAGAAAGUGUCUACAGUUUUCUUAACAUUAUAUGAAUAAUUAAAUUUGAAUCUUUGACUAAAAAAUACAGUUCCCAAAUCUA